GCACCUGCCUGCCAAGUUGCAUGUACAAGUGACAGCUGCCUGACAAACAACACCGUCCUUUGAGUGAAGAAGGUCCUCGUUGGCUCACUCUCACUUCCAACAUGCUAUAAGAACCCGCUCCGUCCAUUUUACACACUCUUCUCUCCCUCCCUCCCACCCUCCCUCCAGACACAAAGACAAUCACAACAACAAUCCUAACCACUCCAGCUAAAACAACAUGUCGAACAUCGGUAACGUCCUUGGUGGCCACAAGGCUAACCUCAGCAACCCCAACACUUCCGAGGAAUCCAAGCAGCACUCUCUCGAAGUCAUCGAGAAGGAGCUCGGCACUGAGUCUAGCUCUGACGUUGGUGCUACUGCUCACAACGACGACGGCAAGAACCCCGUGCGAGUCGCUGCUGGUCUCAAGGCUGCUCUUCACAAUCCCAACGUCUCUGAUGAAGCCAAGGAGAAUGUCUCGCACCAUCUCGCCGACAUCACUUCCACCUCUCAGACUGACGAUGGCAAGAAUUCCACCAGAGUUGCCGCUGGCCUCAAGGCUGCCCUUCACAACGACAGCGUCUCUGACGAGGCCAAGGAGCACGUCAAGGAGCGUCUUGCCGACAUGAAGUAGCUGAUACCGAGCAUUUCGAGCAAUUCGCCUGGCCCGUCUUGAUCCAACACAAUGCAAAAAACCGGGGUAUGGGCUACUUCAAGUUCGAUACCAGCUCCACUAAGCUUGGUCUCAACGAUAAUAGCAA